AUGUUGAAGCGUUGCUUGAUUCCAGAAAAAAAAGAGAAGAUGGAUCGGUCGGAGGAUCACUGUCCCGCUCGUGUGCCCGCGAUGGCUGAAGAAAUUAUAUUAAAUGAUAAUAACACUGAGCCGAGCAUCUACGGCGAAGAAAUGAAAUCAAAUGGAGCGAAAGAGCAAUAUGUGAGGGAGCAUGAAUUCUGUUCCCGGUGA